AGCAAGACAUGUCAACUGUAGCAGGCGGGCGACGAUUCCGCGAAGGCAUAGGCACCAGCCAGUCUUGGUGAAGCUGUGCAGUGGGUCGUCAUCCCUCACUAAUACACUCCUCGAGCAGCACGCAGUACCCUUCACACCUCACCCUCCAGUCCCCACGCCCGCCUCCACAAUGACUAUGGUCCGGCAAUACCCCCCACAACCGCAGCCGCCGCUUCUCUCUCCGCUGGGCCCCUACAGCAACAACAACAACAACAACAACAACAACAACAUCAACAACAUCAACAACAACCCGCCCGCUCCUACCCACCCCUCCCUCCUCCGCCAUAACAGCACCCCAGAUGGCGUCAGCCUCCACCAGCGCCCGACGCAAUACGCCCAUCCCCUCUCGAGACACAACUCGUAUACCUCGCAGACGUCCGAGUCUGGCCGCACGAAACCUCCAGAGCACAUGCUCCGCCGUAAGACGCCGAAUGGAAUCCUCGCAGCCGCCUACGAUGGAACUUCAGUAGAGGACAAUGGAGCACCGCACGCCACGAAACACAUACUGCUACCUGUCACGGCUGAGUCCAGCAUACCUUAUGGCAUCAAGCAGGACCUUGCCCUGCGAUCACCCAGUAUCAAUGGCCCCUACGGACACUUCAAGCAGGAGAGGUCUGCAGACUGGAGCCCAAGUCUUUAUUUUGAAACAGGCUCCGGGCGGACAAGUCAGCAUAUCCCUCAAAUCGACUCUAUGCUUAACCAGAUCCCACCACUACAUCAAACACAAAUGCCCUUCCAGAUGUACGGCCAACAGUUCGGUGGAGUCAUGGGUCCUGGCAUUCAAAGCCCGUUUGCACCAACUGUGUCGAAUGACCAAGGGCCGUUUGGACCAUACUGGCCUGAUGGUGCUUAUGUUCCAUAUCAGCCUGCCGCCAUGCGAGACCCUCGUUACUUACAUCAUCCUGCUCACAGCUGGAGUCACCCCCAACACCACCCAUACAUGGCACGUGGCUACAACAACGCGCUUCCUGGUGGUUCUGGCUUCGCUCCACAGUCCUACCAACUCAACCAACCCAUGUACCAAAGUCCAGGCGCCCUAGGUCAUGAGUAUCCAGCCUUUGCGCAAGGCCCAGGUUUGAACUUCCAGACACCAAAUUUACCACCUCACGUUCUUCAAGCGCGUCAAGACUACUUUACCUCUGGCCAAUCGACAACUGUACCUGGCCAGUCCCCUGUUUCGACUCCACUUGCUGAGUAUGGACCCCAAUCGCCGAACGGACAAUCCAGAGAGAAGGUCUUCGCUUGGGCUCACACAGUCUAUGUUGAUCUCCUCAAGUUCUUGCAGUCGACGAGGAAGGCACACAUGCAACAGAGUCACGGACGCCAAUCACACAGGCCACACAUAUAUCCAAAGCCACCUCGACAACCAGGAGCAAAUCCCGGAAAUGACUCGAGCAGCAGCAGUUCAAAAUCAUCUCAGCGACGCCUGUCGUCCCCAUCCGUCAGUUCACAGUCACCUUUCCAGCCUCCGUCAGAAAAAGCCUCGAAACGCCCUGCGCACUACAGAUCAGCAUCGUCCUACUCCUCGACUGGACUGGACUCCAGCAGCCAACGACAUCCUUGGCAGCAUGCAACACAGCAACACCCCAUGCUACCCCAAGUUCCUGGUAUGGAUCCUGUGCGCACCCUACGUCGGACUUCUGGGUCAGUCUCAAGCGUACACCAAGGGCUGCGCUCGGACAUGCCUCCAAGCAUGACAGCUGCGUCGGCGCUGGAAGCGAUUACGAAGCAUUGCGAGGAGAACAAGUGGAAGUGGAUAGACGGCAUGUUGCUCGGUGGCUGUCUUGCAUAUGCUUUGGGGGAUUAUCAGAAGGCCCAGAAUUGGUAUAAGCAUAUCCUCACCCUGGACGCUGAUCACGUGGAGGCCAUCUCCAAUCUCGCAGCGACAGUUCUUGCGCUCCAGCAAAAGCAGGAUGCGGAACGGUAUUGGAGACGAGCCGUUAAGCUGCGUCCCAGCUAUUUCGAGGCUGUUGAACAUCUCAUCGGCCUAUUGUGCAGCGACCAGCGAGGACGAGAAGCUGUCCAAGUCAUCGAGGAAGUUGAGCGUUCGUUGCGUUUCGCCAGGAGAACUGACGCUCUAAGGAGCCUCGAGCUCGAGAGCGAGCGUCCACGCUCCGGCGUUAGUGAAUCACCAGGCUUGUCAGAAACUUCAGACAGGCCGUUGUUCGAGUUCGAAGGCGAAGACGAAUCGAUAUUCAAGGACCUAGACGAGCUCCCCGGCUCUGAUCAGCCUGGCUUUGGCUCCAGUGGAUACGCGAUACCCGGUUGUGAUAACGGGCGUAUUCUUGCCUUAGUGCAUGCCAAGGGUAAUAUGCUAUAUGCCCUUGGUAACAACACCGAAGCAGCGAAAGCUUUCGAGAACGCCGUCUUGAUCGGAGCUGGCAGUCAGGCUAAUGGCAUUAGUGGGCUGAUCAAACGCAUCCUUUCUGUUGUUGGUUACGAGGCUUCAGAGCGGUCACCUGGUGGCCGCCGAGUAGCUCCAUCCUCGGACCCGGUGCUCCUUCCACCAGAUUCGGCGACUAGGACUGCGCCCUUGUGUUUCCCUCCACAUGGGCAAUUGCCAGGUCUCGCGCAUGUUGCAAGUGACGGUCUCGCACGCAAAGCAGCCAUCUCGACAACAAGCAACUCUUUGUUGUCUCUGGCGAAGAUCUUCCAAGAUGGUAUGGCAACCAACUCGCCAAGAGCUGCAACCUACCAGAGUAACUAUGGAGUGCGCGAGAUUCUGGCUCUAUACUACCUGUCUUUGUCGCUGCAGCCAAGUCCCUCCACUGCAAACAACGUGGGUAUUCUGCUUGCCAGUGUUCAGCAAUCUGCGCCUUCGAAGCCCAUACCUGUUUCGAAUCCGACACCGUACCCGCAGAUUCCAGGACUGGUUCCAGGUAGUGGCGUCGCGCUUGCUUUGGCAUACUAUUACUACGGCCUGCAACUGGACAAACGACACGCGCAUCUCUACACCAACCUCGGUAGUCUACUCAAGGACAUCGGACAAUUGGAUGUCGCUAUCUCCAUGUACGAGCAAGCAGUUCAUUGCGACCAAAACUUCGACAUUGCGCUAGCCAACCUCGCAAACGCUGUAAAAGAUAAGGGACGCAUCAGUGACGCAAUCGUGUACUACAAGAGAGCUGUAAAGUCCAGCCCCGACUUUGCCGAAGCAGUUUGCGGGCUUGCGAACGCACUCAACUCUGUGUGUGGCUGGAAUGGCAGAGGAGGCAUUGCCGAGGGUCAGGGCGCACGAGACCGUUGGCAUGUUGACGAGAAUGGCAUGCUUUUGGAUGCAAGAAUUCUAGGUGCCUCCAGCUCUGGUUGGAUCCACAAGGUUGUCAAGCUAGUGGAGAAGCAGCUGGCAGAUGGUGAAGGCUGGGGUCGGGGGACCAUGGACGAGCGCUUCGUCAAAGACAUGUGUCGGCCCCUUGCUCUCACGAAUAACACUGCAGAGGAUAUCAAGGAGAAACAGGAGAGCUUGAUGAGUAUUGUGACUGGUUGGAGAGGAAACAAGUGGGAAGGCGCACGCAUCGUACGCUUGGUUGAGCGCGCCAUCAGACGCCUGACUUGGCAAUGGUACCAGGACCGCUACGUGACCGGGAAGGAACACUCGCCGGAGAGCUACAGCAGACCGCAUUUGCCUGUUGCUUUGACAGUACCUGCGGCGCCUACAGUUCUACCGUUCCACACCUUCACGUGUCCCAUGUCUGCUGAGCAGAUUCGACUGAUUUCGCAGCGUAAUGGGUUGCGUAUCUCAUGCUCGACCUUGAGGGCUCCUUGGCUCCCAGCAACGGUCUUCCAGCCGCCACCUCCACCGAAGCCAUAUCUCAAAGUUGGGUAUGUCUCGUCAGACUUUAACAAUCAUCCACUAGCCCAUCUUAUGCAGUCUGUUUUCGGGUUGCACGACACAAGUAAAGUCAAGGCGUUCUGCUAUGCGACAACAGCAAGUGACGGCUCCGAGCACCGCAAGCAAAUCGAGAAAGAGUCACCUGUCUUCCACGAUGCCAACAACUGGUCAGCAGAGCGACUAGUCAACCAGAUCAUUAAAGACGGCAUACACAUCCUGAUCAACCUCAAUGGCUACACGAGGGGAGCGCGCAAUGAGGUCUUCGCUGCUCGCGCUGCUCCGAUCCAAAUGUCAUUCAUGGGCUUCGCCGGGACACUGGGCGCGGAAUGGUGCGACUAUCUUCUCGCGGACGACACGUCUGUGCCUCCAGACACUCUUCGCCAGUGGCGCCGCAACAUCGACAUGGAAGAUGCUCUAGUAGACGAGAACAGCGGAGGUUCGGACAAGGACUGGAUCUACGGAGAGAACAUUGUUUUCUGUCGAGACACUUUCUUCUGCUGCGAUCACCGGCAGAGCGCACCUGAUUCGCAAGGCAGGCAGCCCAAUUGGGAAGAAGAGCAGGAACGACGAUGGGCUAUGCGCAAGGAGAUCUUCCCACAGCUACGGGAUGAUGCAAUCAUUCUUGGCAAUUUCAAUCAGCUGUAUAAGAUCGAGCCGACUACAUUCCGCACUUGGCUACGCAUUCUGCAACGUCUUCCUAAAGCCAUCCUAUGGCUCCUUCGGUUCCCCGAUUUGGGCGAGACCAAUCUUAAGCAAACGGCGCUCAUGUGGGCUGGCCCUGAGGUUGCCAACCGAGUCAUCUUCACCGACGUCGCGCAAAAGCAUCAGCACAUCUCUCGUGCCAGGGUCUGCGAUCUUUUCCUAGAUACGCCAGAAUGCAACGCCCAUACAACAGCCGCCGAUGUGCUCUGGUCUGGCACGCCGCUGCUCACACUGCCCCGCUACAAGUACAAGAUGUGCUCUCGCAUGGCAGCAUCGAUCCUCAAGGGCGCACUGCCUAAGUCCCCAGAGGGCGCACAGGCUGCAAUUGAACUUAUCGCGGCCGAUGACGAAGAUUACGAAGAAAAGGCCGUCCGCCUCGGUACCGACUGUAUCUACCAAGGCCAUCGCGCCACAGGACGCCUGAGCGAGCUCCGCAAGCUGCUCUACGAAUCACGAUGGACGAGCGCUCUUUACGAUACCAAACGGUGGGUCAGAGACCUCGAAGAAGCAUACCAAAUCGCCUGGAAGAAAUGGGAAAAGGGAGAAGGAGGAGACAUUUGGCUGAAAGACUCGACACCCUCAAGAGUGCAAGAGAUGGCAUAAGCAAUGAGGUAUACUGGAUUGGGAAGACGACUUGUACUGUUCUGGAUACUACUUUCGCGACACACUUCUGGAUUUAGCGAGCACACAUACACACACUGCACCACAGUUGUUGAGUUGAGCCCACACGGGCUCUGAUACCCCUUUAGUUCAGAUCUACGCAUUCGUUGGUGUAGCACCACACCUUAUGGAGUUGUAAUGAGAGCAUGUUGGAGUCAGGAUGUUGAACAGUCGCUAUCGCGAGAGUAAAUGCAUUGUAGGCAUUGGGUUGAGGUAGAAAGGAGCCAACUGCAGUAUUAUAUGGCGCCAGAAGGCUGUCAGCUCUGCGAUCUUGUUCUUGAAUUAACCCCUCUUGAUGCCGGUGGCUUCAAAGAUACACGUAUCCGAGAUUUCCUCGUCUGAGCCUCACG